AUCAUUUUUAUUUAUUAAUAAGUUUUUUUUAAAUAUGAAGUUAAUAUUUUUAUUGGUUGGUGCGCUUUGCAUACAUGCAAAUGCUCAACAAGACCCAAACUCAAAUAUCGAAAUCCAUUUGGAUUUAAAACCAGAAGAAGCCGCACAAUAUAUUGCCAAUCAAAAUACAAAUUUAAAGUUUGCACCAUUUCUUGGCACUGUACCAGUUGCACGAACAUCACCAGAAGAACCAGAAAAAGUAGAAGACGUAUAUGAUGUGUCACAAUUUCAUGGACAAGAUGGUUUAGGUGGAUAUUUGUACGGUUACUCAAAUCCCGCUGAUGCAAAAGUUGAAUCGAAGAAUGCAUACUCACAACAUGUUAAAGGCGCCUACAAUUGGAUUGAGCCAAAUGGUCGUGUGAUCAAAGUGAAAUAUUGGGAUACUGGUAAUGGAUUCCAUCAAGAGGAUAAUAUUCCUAAAGUUGUGCUUAAACCUGUUGAAGAGACACCAGCUUUACGGGCGGCUCGUUUAGCACAUGAAAAAGCGUGGAAAGAAGCCGCUGAAGCUAAUAAAGUUAGCCCAUCACAAUACAGACUUAUAUACAACGAUGACCCAAAACCUGACAUAGCUCGUUGGCCAAACUAUGAUGUAGCCGCUGCAAGUCAAAAUUAUCAACCAGCCGCCACCAAUAAAUAUUACCAAACAAUUCCCAGUGGUCAAAACUACCAAGCAGCAGCCAGUAAUCAAAAUUACCAAACAGUUCCCCUUCCACAAGCUGCGGCCAGCAAUCAAAAUUAUCAAGCAGCCGCCAGUGCAGAAGAAUCCGUAUAUGUACGACCAGAAGGUGAAGAUGAUGGUACAUGGGAUCCAGCUAAAUAUGGUGAAGAUGGUGUCACUUCAGAGCCACGUGGAUUCUUCUAUGCUUUCAACCAUCCAGCCGGAAUUAAAUACGACAAAAAUGAAUAUGAAGCGAAACGAUUACCUACACCUGAUGAUGUUGCGUCCCUUGAAGGUCCUUUGGAACCAUAAACAUUUGGAUACAAUCCUUUUGAUCAAUACAAGCUAGUAUAAAAUCUGAACCAAAUUUCCUUAACUAUCUUUAAUAUAUUUUGAAAAGUCUGUUUUAAGAAAUAAAUUCUUUUGAAUAG